AUGUUGCUUGCAUACGGUUUAUCAAUUGGUGCUGGAGUAGUUGAAACGCUGCUGGUGGAAUAUGGGAUCGGAAAGCACAUAGAUACCGUCAAUCCAGCCAACCUACCCAUGAUAUCGAAACUGACUCUAAUCAACUCGAUAAUCAACUUGCUUGGCACGAUGAUGGUCAAAGUCUCCAUUUGUCUAUUUCUCCUCCGCAUGACCCACAGAGCCAACCAAACCGUCAAGUGGCUCGUAAUGACCAACCUUAUAAUCUUGAUUCCUUUCACUAUCGCCGUUGUUAUCGUCGACCUGGUCCAGUGCAUUCCGCUAAAGGGAUAUUGGGACAAAUCUAUAGAUGCGAAAUGCAUCAAUGCAGAUACCAUUGACAUCCUGCUCAAGGCUGCGUCGGCUGUCGGAGUCGCAACCGAUUUCUUCACAGCUGCGAUCCCCAUCGUAAUCGUCUAUCGAGUUCAAAUUCCUCGACAACAAAAAUGGGCAGUCUAUGCAAUUCUCAUGAUCGGAUUUUUCACUGCGGGAACCUCCAUUGCCAAAACAGUUGUCAUCAAUUGGACACCCAAAGAUUAUACCUGGGGGAACUCACCAGUUGGAUACUGGGGUGCCUUGGAACAUGAGCUGGGGAUAUUCGCGGGUUGUCUCGUCACACUUCGACCUCUGCUUCAAAAAAUGCACUCACACUUCAGUUCGGGUACCGGAAGCUUGGAGUCACAUGAAUUGGCUCCUGAAUCGGCACACUCAAGAAAGCGAACGUUGAGUGAGGAUGAGUUGUUGCGACUAGAAUCAAGCGCCCAGCCUAUGGGGUUGCAAAUCCAGAAAAUGACUGAAGUGGAGGUCUCUCUCGACGCGCCGCUUACAAAACAUUCUCCUGAUGCGCACAGAAGAGAAGAUGCUUGGGUUUGA